CAAAUGGAAUCACACGCACAUACAGGAUUUGGACCAUAACAACAAAUACACACACACACUUUGCAUAAAAACCAAGACCCUAAAACCAAGAAGACCCACAAUAAAGGCAAUAUGGAUACCGUUUAUGGCACCAAAAAGUACUUCCAGAGUUUGUCCGGAGUCAGUGAUAUCUAUCGAACGCAGACAUGUCGACAAAUGAACACCUCCGAAUACAAUUAUCAGAACACGCUGGGCCGACGCUCCCAGCUAGGCGCCUAUUAUCACAUGAAUAAGCAGCCAUCAUAUACGAAUGAUCACAGCAUCAACAGUCAGUACGGCUAUAAUACCUGGGGCAUCUGGCGGGAUGGUCGCAACAUUGCUCCGUCCACUUUUUCAACGAAGACCCAUGCCCAUUAUCCAAAGAAUCGUUCCUUCUCCAUCAUAUUGACCACGGCAGCGUUUAUAGUGCUGCUCGCUGUCAUCUCCAUAGCUGGAUUGGCGUUCUACUUUAGUUCGAUUAAGGCCACGCUCGAGGAUCCUGUUUUAGGCUUCGAGGGCUCCUUCCGCAUUGCCAAGGGUGAUCUCUAUUCUACCGGACUGAAGUACAAUCAUACGACGACCUACAAGCAAAAGAUUGACUUUUACAAGCGCUUCGUGGAGCGCUCGCUUACUGAUAACGGAUUGCAGCCAUUGCGCACCGAUGUCUGGGGCUUUGGUGAGGGUCCAUUGAUCAAGGUCUCAUUCCGCGUGUUCCUCGAUGUGCGCAAGCUGCCACAAAACAUACUCAGCGUGGAGGAGUACAUCAAGGAGUCGUUGUUCCUGGAAACAUCCGCCAGCAAGUCGCUCUAUCGUUCGAUACGUUUAGACGCCGACUCAGUGGAGAUCAAACGCAUACUGGACGAACAGGUGGUACGCUCAGCAGGCAUCCUUAAGGAAGCUCAAACCGUGCCCACCAGCCAGACUCAACUGGAGAAGCGCUUGAUGAAGAAGGGUGCUGGAGCAGGAGCGGGAGCUCCGUUGCAAACCAAACCCAGUGGGUUGAGCACACCGAAGCCACGUCCAGCUGUGCGUCCGCACUCGCCAGAUGAUGAGCCCGAUAUUGAUGUGGAGAAUGCUCCCGUUAUUCAGGGCUCCUUCGAGGGUUCCUUCGAGAUAACCAAAACCGAUGCGGACAUUGCACGCAAGAAGGCGUCGCCCACACGUUCCUAUCAGAGCACCAGCCUGCCGCCCAAGUCCAUCUCCGUAACGCCUUAUUCGUUGCGUGUGAAACCCAAGAAGCCGGGCAUUGAGAAGUUGACCACAGUGACGAUUCGGGAGAACUCACCGACGACAACAACGAGCAAGGCGACCACCCGAAAGCAUAUCAAAACCACAACACCAGCGACGACUAAAGCUACAACUAGGAGCACAACAACAACAACCACGACGACGACAACAACAACAACUACAACUACUCCCAAGCCCAGCACCACGAAGACUACAACCACGACGGCAGCGCCUCCAGUCUCCAGGACCACACAGAGCACAACAACAACGCCAGCCACAACUCCUAGCACAACAACAAGCACCACCAACCCAACAACAACUACAACAACAGGCACACCAACGAUAAGCAGCUCAACUGCUACGUUGCCAAAGCUGGAUGCAAGUCUCUUCACCACCUUCCCAAUACUCGACACGCAACCCUGGCGUCCCAUCCAUCGUGAGGUGCCCGAGUUGCUGCCCGGACCGCCACCCGCUUUUCCCACAAAGACCUUACCCGGCCUGGGUGCUCCACCUUCGAUGCCAACCACAACCAUGCAGACUGUCAAUCAUCUGCCACAACGUCGUAUAGAUGAGUUGGAGCUGCCUUUUAUUGGGGAUAAUCCUACGCCACCCUCAGCUGCUAUGCCUGCUCUCAAUGUGGAUCCGUUUGGCUCGCUGCCCGGCUUUAUGGGUGGAUCGUUGCGUAAGCCGGAUGGCAAGUUGGAUAAUCCCAGUCAGCAGGAGCAGGAUAUGCUCUUCUAUCACAACUUUGGCAGUCCUGUCUUUCUACCGGGCACCGAGAAUAUUGAACGCUUGGGCGGCGCUCUUGUGGAGCCGCAUCCGUUGCCCGUGCCGCUGAUCGAUGAUGUGAUUGUGCCACCUUUUAGGCCCAUUAAUCCUACCAUGGAUGGACUGCAUAAGCUGCAGUUUAACAUCGAUGGAAGCAACGAAAGAUUUGAGCAUUUGGGAGGUGGAGUCAUUGCCAAGAAGCAGGAGAACGCCACACAGCACGAAGUCCAAUCGAAGAACAAGCCACUGGAAACCACAACACCCAAGUUCAGCUCAACCUCAACAACUACCGUUGCGGUCACUGGUUCCACAACGCCUCUGAAGAUUGAGAUAGGAAACAUGUCUAAUAAACCUACAGAAAACUCCGUGCUCGCUGAUACUAUUGGAGAGUUCUUCAUGGAACUGCUGAAUCUACCGAAGGAGGACAACGCCACCAUCAGCACAACAAGCACAGUGGAGCCCGAGCCUAUUGAAUCCCGCAUAGAGCCAGACGAGAUCGCUGACGAUGAAGUGGAGUCGCAGCUGCCCACAACAAAAGCUAAGCCAAACUUUAUGAAUCUCAAGGAAAUCAUACUGCAAAGGAACACGCCAACACCGGCUCCCGAGUCCACCACAACGACAAGCACAACUACAACUACAACUACUACACCAACCACAACCACAACUACGACAACGACAAUUCCGACGACUAAGAAAAACCGAGUGCGUCCAACCGCGCCCACAAUGCUCGAUGACUCUAAUCUGUUUCCCUCGCACUCGAAGUGGGAAUUCGUCAACAGCUCCGCGCCCCUCAAUUUUGGUUCCAACGGCAACAUGAGGAAGGUUUUCAACAAGACGUUGCAAGCUUGGGUCUCCGAGGAUGUGGAGAAGACGGAAAACUUGACGUUGCACGACAUCAAGACCCGAAUUAACAAUGCCAGCAAUAUACAGGACAUAUCUCUGAUCUUUGACACGCUCGCCUCCAAAUUGGGCAUCACUCCCAGUGCUUCCACCAAGUUUCCGCCCUUCUCGCAUAAUAAACUAAAGCAUAGUCAGCGCAAUGAGACAAAGGUGAAGCUCAGCUCGAGCUCCUCCACCACCACUGAGCUGCCCGAAUUAAUACCGGAAUCGAGCGUGAAGAACUUUAUCGAACUGCCCCUGCAGCAGCGUGAACCUUUCAUCAAGCCCAUGUCUAGUUUUAUGGAUGAUGGAUCGUCUGAAGUGCUAGGAGCUGCAAUUCCAGUUGUGGGCGAGGCAGAAGUAGAAGUCAUUGAUCCAUUGAAGUAUGAGGAAUUAUUGAAAACAUCACAGUUUGCCGAACCCAUCACAUCCACAUCAACAGAGCCAAGUCCUCAUCGCUUAGUCACCCUACUCCCGGUUCGCUCCAACUCGGGCAUUCGGACGUACAAACCCAUCUCUGAAGAUAUUGAAUUUGAAUCGCAGCGCAGUCAAAGUGACAGCGAUAUCGUGUCCGUCUCCAGCAAUCCUCAAGUCCCGAUACCUGCUCAGGUGCAGAACCAAUCGCAGUCACAGUCUCAAUCUCAAUCGAGCAGUAGCAUACGUCGCAAGAGCAACGUAAAUCAGAGCCGUAAAUUUGCUCAGCCGCCUGCGGAGGCGAUUGUCAAGGGUGGAAUCAAAGUCACCGUAAAGAAGUGAAUCCCAUACAUUCCGUGAUUUGCUUCAAAGUGAGAUUAAGUAAGCAAUUAAUACAUACUGUGCUGACAUGGAGUGCGUAUUUAUAAGAAGUUUCAAAUAAGUAGAAAAUUUAAGAUCAUAAUUAUUUGUAGGCAUACAAAAAUUGGCACAUGCACAAUCUUGUUCGAAAAUUGUUCAUUCUUUGAACAAUUUUGGAAUGACAAUUUCUGUGUGUAUCGACGUACGUGAUUACGACUUUUUAUUUAUUGUAUAUGAGAAAUUUGAAGCUAAUUAGUUUUCCACACAAUAAAA